AUGCACGAGCAAGUAGGGACUCCUCAGUCCCAACAUGGUCAGGGCGGGACCCCCCAGCCCAAUCAAUCUCAGCCAGCCUCAACUCAACCUCCCCAGUCGCAGGGUCAGUCCCAAGUGACCCCCAAUCCCCAGCCGCAGCAGUUGCCACCCCAGCAACAGCAACAGCAAGGAACCCCUGGUCAGCAACCUACUCCUCAAAACCAACAGGCAAUGGCUGCCCAGGAGGCCCAAAUUAAAGCGCAACAAAAUGCCAUCAUGAUGCAAAGAAUGAAUCAGCAACAGCAGCAGCAGCAGCAGCAACAGCAACGGCAGGCGAACAGCACGGUAACAGUCCUUGCCCACUACGCCGACAGCUUGAGCUCAUUCAAGAGCCGUGAUGAAACUGCUGAUUAUGCGUAUUGGUCGGCCUUCGUUGAUCGGUUCUAUGCGCCAGGGGGUGUUUUGCGCCAGGGAGUCUGGAGCAGUCAAACUGGAUCAAAACAAUUUGAAAUUUCAACACCGGCACUGGCACGGUACUAUCUUACUCAGUUCACAAGUGGAAUUGAGCAGAUUCAAAUGGUUGUGGAUGGCCCCCGUGAGCGCGACAACCCCAAUGGCGAUGGUGGGCACAUCGUUGAAAGUGGACGCACUUCUUUCAUUUAUUGGUACACGAAUGAAAGCCAGGUUUUCCACAGGGGACAUCUACGCGCCCACUUUGAUGCGAACAACAAGAUUGUGAUGCUGGACGUUACUGUCACGAGUCACAAUGAAUAUAUUCCCCGCAGUCAGCUCUUGGAGGCCAUGGAGCAAAAGCAGAGCCCCAAGCUGGCUAAAAGUGCUGCCAAGCGGGCGCAGAAGCAGGCGCCAAUAAAUUUGCCAGAGUCUAUGGUCACUUCUAAUGGUCUCCCUACGACGGUGAUCCAAUUUUUGGAAGUGGCCGAGACGAUGUCACAGAUGCAAAUCCUUUUCCAAUUUUCCGCCCAACAUUCACAGUUGUCCGCAACAGACGCGCUCCGAGGUCUUGUCGGCAAUCUGAACCAGAACCCCAAUGUCGGGUUUCCAGGCCAGAUGAACCCCGGCAUGCAGCCCAUGCCUCGCGGCCCUAAUAUGGGCCCUCCUUCGCAGUUUGCUUCUCCUGCAAUGGCUCAUCUUGGCCUUCCGGGGGGCCAAGGUUCGCCUCAUCUGACUGGAUCAGCCCAUGCGAGUCCCGCUCAGAGUCAGCUUGCCGGUCCCCCUGGCAUGCAAGUUCAGUCAUCUCCGGUCGGGGUGAACAAUAGUCCCAACGUUGGUGCUAAUAAGCGCCGACGGGCUAGCACUGUUAAGCAGGAGAAUGACGAUAACGGCUCGGUUGAAGUGAAUGGCAAUGUGCCAGGAUCAGGCAAGGUCAAGAAUGCCCGGGUACCUAAGCGUCAGAAGGGAGCUGCAGCCUAA